CUUUUCUGCUUUGGGAUUCUGAUUUAGUUUUGGUUAGAUUUAAAUAACAGAUUUAAUCUUUUAGCCUCAGUGUUGUGUGAAAGACAGUAUACCGUUAAUUAACGUUUUACCCAGGCAGAAAAAAAUGUUAAAUUUAUUCAAAUCAUAUUCAUUUGAAAUUGUGUUAUUCUAAAUAGAAAUUAUAUGAAUAAGUUUCUUGAAUCCUUCCUUUAGGCUCUUUUUCCUCCAUUAUUGGGACUUCAGAGGCUCUUGGAGCACUGUGUGGGUGCCUAGUUCUUUUUUUUCUUCCUCAUGAUUUUGGGAAGCUUUUUACACCUUUUAUGCUGUCGGGGCUUUGGAAAAGUAGCUGUUUCUCUAUUGCAAAUAAUGGUAUAGUUCAGGGGUGUCAAACUCGCUACAUCAUGUGACGUGUCGCAAUGUAUCACAACUUUUUUCCCCUUGCCGGAGCUGGGGUGGGCACAGCUUCCAUGUGACGCAUCCAGGCUGGCAGUUUGACACCCUUGGUAUAGUUAUUUACUUAUGAUUGUUAGUCACUUUAGAGUCUCUUUAUACAAAACAGCCUACAACUAGGCAAAACAAGCUUUUGUAACAGAAGAAAAGAGGAAUUCUAGCAUGUGGGAAAGCCCAUAAUGAUAUCCCUUUUUACCUAAUGCAGGCCAUGUUGCCUUUCUUGCAGUAUUGUAAGACAAACCCCAAUGCUGGGUAGUUCUGUAAGAACUGAAUUUACAUACUGAUGCUUGAAUCAAGUCAACAGUUCUAAAGAGUAACAUUUCAACACAGGAGUUUGAACUUGCUCCCAGCUUUGCAAUACAUGGCAUUAACGAUAUCACUUUAAUGGUUGUAGUACUCUUAAAAAUUCUCCCAUUGUACAAAGGUAGCCCAGAAUAUUCAUAAUCGGCAUUGCAGAACUGAGUGGCAGCUAAGCAUUAACCUGCAUUUGGAGAUAAGGGAGAAAACAUAUUCUGUGCAACUUGUGUCGGUCCUCUUGCUGCAUACCAUGAAGUCAGCCAGUGUGAAGCUUGACGGAACCAAGAGCAGAAAAAGCAAAAAACAGAGUCCCCUCCACCCAGCAACACCUUCUAAUGACCCUGGCAAAGUGGUUACAGGAGCUGCUUCUAAAACCAAGAGCUUCUCCUUGCCAUCCUUUUCUCCCAUAGCCACUGUAGAAGUUGCUGCUAUUGGCUCUUCUCCUAAAGCUGGGCCCAGUUUUCUGGAUGCAGUUGUCCCCUUGAGUGUUAGCAGAGACAUGGAUCAGAAAGAGGUUCAGAAGGAACACUAUGGAGAGAGGACUCCCCUGCAAAUUCCUAACCAAAGUAGAAUGACAGCUUCAGCUGCAGAAGCAGUAUCAAAAAUAGAGCCAAUCAAACUCGAUGAAGGUGUAGAAGUAAUAGAUCUCACUGGUGACUCUUCAGUGGUUGAUCUUACACAUAAUGAUUCCAUUGUACUUGCAGAAGAGACUAGAGAACAGCAAAACCAAGAAUUAAGCCGAUCGCUGUUUAACAGCUGUAUAGUAUGUAAUGAUAAUGAAUGUAGUGAAAGUGAUGAAUUGGCUGCCUGUAAAUUACCUAUAGAAUUUGAAAAGGAAAGAUUUGGACGUCCAAAAUCUUCAGGCACUGUUAGUUGUCCAAUUUGCCUGGAUGGCUAUGCAGAAAUUAUCCACAGUGGACGACUUAUUAUGUCAACAAAAUGUGGCCAUAUCUUUUGUAGUCAGUGCCUCCAAAAUUCUCUUAAAAGGGCUAACUCUUGUCCUGCUUGUAGGAAAAAACUCAAUCACAAACAAUAUCAUCCUAUAUAUAUAUGAAUAUAUGGAUGCAUUUGGUAAUCUAACCUGAGCUUUUGCAUAUAAACUUGGGUUAAACUAGAUGUAGGUUAAAUAUAUAUAUUAUUUAAAUGUGAUCAUUCAUAGGGAUUUUUCUCACUUGGCUGCUUUGUGUUUUGUUUAUAUUACAUAAAUUUAAUUUUGCUUUAAGGAGUAUUAAUAGCUCAGUUUAUUUGGGAAUCACAGAUUCCCACCUACUGAAAACUAUGUAAAAAAACCCCUGUAUAGUAGUAAAAGAGAACUUAUUUUUUGCUUAAUUGUAGGCCAGUUAUAAAAAUAUUGAUGCAAUUGGGUAGAAACUGAUAAAGAAUGUAAGGCACUGUUACAAGGGUCAUCUUAUUAGAAUUAAAGUAAUAAAACUCAUUCACUUGAUGGAAAAACCUUGUUAUUUAGUGAGAAAAAUUCUUUUGUGUUAAUAGAGCCCAAGUAAAAAUGCUGAACUCCCAAAUGGGCAGGAUUUAUAAAAUCUACAACUCAAAUCUCAGACUAUGUACAUGAAUAUUAUGUAUACAUGAAUUUUCUUUGGUAGCCUAAAUUUUCAUUUUAAUUGAAUUCAUAAGAAUCUUAAUGGUAAUAAGAACUGUGAAUGUACAUCCUCUAUUUGAACUCAUAUGAACAUUUUGUGAUUAGCAAUAUUCUUAAUGUGGACAGUUAUACAAACUAAAUUGCCUAAAGAGCUGCUCUUUCCCAUAAAUAGUAGCCAAUAACCAUUUCAAGUCUGUAAGAAAUAAGAAUAUAUAAGAAACAGAUUUUGAACAUAAAAGCGAUCAGUUAAAUAUUUGUAAUGAAGUGGUGGAUGGCUUGUAGUAAUCUGAUUUAUUUAACAAUUUUAGUAAUUCUGAACUAAUUGGAUUUAUUAAAUAUAUGUAACCUUCAGUUAUUUGUUAACAUGAGGUACCUAUGCAAUCAUCAGUAAAAAUGGAGUAGCAUGUUUACAAAGUACAGCAUGAACCAUAGUCUGAGUUUCAAGUUCAAUGAAAAAGGUGUAAUUUUUUUUGGUUAAUGAUCUUUCCACAGUUGUUUCGUUGCUGGCUAUGUAAGCUAAGUACUACUUAACUGAACUUCUUCAUGUUCUGUCAUGUAAAAUAUGUAAUAAAGAUCAACAUUGGAGUUGAAAAGCCAUACCCAUGCUUAUUAUAGAACCUUUGUAAAAUCAAUUAAUGAGAUUAAACAAGCUUUAUAUAAGCAUGGAGUUAUGAUUGCAGUUCUCUGUUUUUUCAUGAAUUCUCUUGCUUGAAAUUAUACAGCUGAACAAUAAAUGUUACAUGUGUUUAAGAGAGGAAGGUGCACUUUUGAUACUUUAUUUUCAGAACAAAUGUUGGCUUAAUAAAGCUUUAAACCUUCAGAUAUUUACGUUUUAUAAUACACACACACAUAAUUUGUAUUUGUAGCCAAUUGUUUUUAAUUUAUGUAAAUAAAGUUCUUUUGAUUGUUUAUUAAAAA